ACUGCGGCGGCGGUAGCGGCUGGUGGGAGCCCGAUGUGGCAGAGGGGCCGCCGCCCACAGGGAGGCGGAGGGCACGUGAGCCGAGUACUGGAGACACCGCCGCCAUCCUCUUCGCCUGCCCCGCCGCCCUCCUAGACACGCUCCUCGCCUACGGAUCCGUCCCUUACGAGGUCUUGCAAGCACCCAGCUCGUCGCUUGCUGAUCCUCCUUGGCCGCAGGCUCACAGUGGAGGCAGCAGCGAAGUGUCCGAUUUGGGCAUGUGAGGCCCGCGAUUCUCGGCCUUGAGGAGUCUGUGCCCCUUGGCCUGGACAAUGUUGGAUGCCAGGCGGGAGGAAUAGAGGACUGCCCUCUAUUUCUUUGACUCUAACCGCAGCUCCUUCGCUCUAGCGGAGGCGGAACGAGCUGGGGAAGAAGCUUACUGCAGGCACGCAGCCAGGAUGCCUUGAUUUCAAGCUUUCCUGUGUAGCUUUCGGGAAAAACAGGCGCGGGUGCACGGAGCGCACUAAUUAGGAGAAAAAGCUCACCGUGUCAUGCAUUGAACUUUUUUCUUAGUUUCCUUUCUUGGCCCGCCUUGCUACUGUGCUUCUCACAGGCAUGAAGACCCCGUUUGGAAAGGCGGAUACAGGGCAGCGGUCCAAAACAGGCGCAGGACAUGCAAGCGUGUCUGUUACCGUGAUGAAGAGAAAGGUUGCACACAAGAAGCAUAGGAGCAGACCCACCUCCCAGCCUCUGAGGAACGUCGUGGGCUGCAGAAUUCAGCAUGGAUGGAAAGAUGGAGAUGAACCUCUAAAACAGUGGAAGGGAACCGUUUUGGAUCAGGUACCUGUAAAUCCCUCUCUGUAUCUUAUCAAAUAUGAUGGAUUUGACUGUGUUUAUGGAUUGGAACUUCACGGAGAUGAAAGUGUCCUACUUGAAGUCCUUCCUAACAGAGGAGCAUCAUCUAGAAUUAGUGAUACACACUUAACAGAGAUUAUGAUUGGCAAAGCAGUGGAACAUAUUUUUGAGACAGAGGAAGGUUCCAAAAAUGAAUGGAAGGGGAUGGUCUUAGCUCAGGCACCUAUCAUGAACACAUGGUUUUAAAUUACCUAUGAGAAAGAUCCUGUAUUAUAUAUGUACCAGCUCUUAGAUGAUUAUAAAGACGGUGACCUAUGCAUUCUUCCAGAUUGCAAUGAUUCUCCUCCUGCAGAGAGGGAGCCAGGAGAAGUCAUAGACAGCCUUGUAGGCAAACAGGUAGAAUAUGCCAAAGAUGAUGGCUCCAAGAGAACUGGCAUGGUGGUUAUUCAUCAGGUGGAAGCAAAACCGUCUGUGUACUUCAUCAAAUUUGAUGAUGAUUUCCAUAUCUAUGUCUAUAUCUAUGAUCUUACAGAUCAUCUUGAACUUUGCCAAAUAUGUGAGACUAUUUGUAAAAUCUGUGCACAUAGAAAGUCUUGAUUGCUUUCCAAUUUUUAAGAACCAUCUUCUCCCUUUUUGCAUGCUUUUGUCUGGCAAAAAUUUGGAACUUCCACCCUCUCAGUCAUUUUUGGAAGAAACCUUUUGCCCUUCUCUCCAACCUUUUUACUGGUUCUUCCCCACAGGAGAAUGUUGGAUUUAUCUAAUUAGUGAGAAGGGUAAAGUCUGACAUCCAUUGGCUCAUAUUUUUAUCUUGGGUGGUGUUAAAGGUAGCUGAACACUUCUUGCCUCAUUCUUUUGGGCACUUGGACUCUCUGCACUUAUUGAAGUCUGAAGCUUCUUGAGAUAGUCAAUGUGACUAGCUAGGUAAGUGUCUUUGCAACCUCACCUCUCCCCCCAUGUGGCUUCGAAAGUCUAAUUUGGGGAGGAAUGGGAAGCCCAUUUGGUCUCCUGUCCAAGUUACAUAUUCAGUUCCAACUGUACUAAAAGUAAGGCUACCAUUUUGCUUCCUUUCUGAUUCUUGCGUCUGUUGCUCAACUUGGUUCAAAAUCAAGAGGGUGAUUACUUUGCAUUUUAAUACAUAAGCAUAAGCUAAGAAACCUUACAAAAUUGAUAAGAGGGCAAGCAUUCGGGAACCAACCUCCAAGUGGAGAAAUCAAGAUUGGGCAUCAAUGACAUUAGCGUCUCUGUUGUCUGCAAUAGCUCUGCCUGGUACCUGCAGACAUGGAGUGGUUUUUUACAGACGCAGGCUGUGCAGACAGACUUGAGCACAAGUGGGCUUUGCCAGCCCAGUGGAGCAUUAAGCCAGUCUCUAGCUAGAGUCCUCAGUCACAAGGUAAAGGCUGGGUUUAGCAAGGAUUGGCAGGUCUGUCCAGGAGCUCAAAAUGAAAGAGCAAACAUUUGGAACCAGACAGAUACAAAUUUCUUUCCUAUACCAAGAGAACUCUUUGAGAAAUUUUAUAUUAGGUUUUAUAUUUGAUUCUUAGGGGACUUCCAAGUUCCAGCAUAUGAGGUGGGCAAGGCACUUGCUAGAACUAGGAAAGGCUGAAAAUAGGCUUUGCUCCCUUGUAGAAACUGGUGGGCUCAUCUAUUAUGGUGUCCUAGCAGGACUGUAGAACAUGUGGAUUAGAAUCAGUG